AUGGUGCGCAUUGAACACAAUCACAGGGAACCCAAGAUAGAUCACUUCCAGUAUCUAACGCCACAAGAAAUGAGACUUUGGGUGUGCCUAAGGCAAUCCACAUAUAAUUUAGCCUGUUGGAGUAACAAUCAAAAACGUCUGCCGCUGGACAUCGCUGCUCAACAGCCGCCGGUAAUACUCCAAACUCCGUCGCUGCGGCCACGGACCGCCACCUGUUCCAGCUCCAUUCUUCGAAACCCUAACUCCGGCGUGCGCCUUCGCUUCGUCCGAGAAUCUACGGGACGAGAUCAGAGGAAACCAGGACUCGAGCGCCCCCAGAGGAAGUCUGUCAGCGCGUGCACGUAUUGUGCCGGACAAAUGUACGCGUACUGUAGUUGUUCGCCGACGCGUGUGCGGCUGAAAAGAGGCGGAGUGAAUGGCUGUGGUGUAGAGGGUGGCAGGGUAGAUGUAGGAGAGAAUUGGGCUAAAUUGGGCGGAAGACGACGGAGAGAGAAAGUAGGUGAGGGUGGGUUUCGUGGCGAAUGGAGGGAGUGA